AAGCCUCACGUUUUCUCAGUGUGACCUCAGUCUGUCGUUGUAUCGAUGCAUGCCUCUUAGCAUUAGCUUUAUUGAAAGCCGGCGGAAAGUAAUUAGAAAUACACCAAACUGACUGUCGCCCUUUUUCUAGCGACUUGUUCGCCGCUUGCGCAGCUGAUUCAAACCGGCAGAGAGGAACGGGCUAGCAGGACACAUGGCCGCAAUCGAGGAGCUUUCCCCCGCUGCGGGCCCGGUGUCUACCCGGCCCCCCGAGGACGAGAUUGAUGAUGAUGAAGAUGAGGAUCUGGAUGAGACAUUAAUGGAGAGGUUGUGGGGCCUGACAGAGAUGUUUCCUGACACAGUGCGCUCAGCUGCUGAGGUGUCUGCACAGUGCUCCGUCUCACUGGUUAAGAAGUUUUACAGUUUUUCCCGCUCUGCACUCUGGGUGGGUACUACCUCCUUCAUGAUCCUGGUGCUGCCUGUGGUGUUUGAGACAGAAAGGCUACAGCUGGAGCAGCAGCAGUUACAGCAGCAGAGACAGAUCCUUUUGGGGCCCAACACUGGAAUGUCUGGUGGUAUGCCGGGCAUGAUGCCUCCCGCGCCUGGCAAGAUGUGAGGGACAGGAAGGGCCAACAUGAGUCUGAGAUCUGCUGCUAGCGAUACAGCUUGGUCGCUCACAAGGAGAGACAGAGAGACCAUGGAGGAGGGCAAAGAACUAUAGUAAUUUAAUAAAACAAAACAAAAACAAAAAAAGUGUACGAACGAUGUAACAUCAGGCUCUCUCCAUGCAUUGGGUUGGCUAAUGGAAUCAGAGGAGGACGAUGUGAAGCUUGUCUAACACUUCUCUCUCACUGUCUCUCCUUACUACAACAUCAUGCAGAGACUGAUUUCCAGGAGCACUGCUUCUAUUUUCUCCUUCUUUUUAAAAAAAAAAUAAACACUUAUAUCAGCAUAAAAAA